CAGCUGACUCGACUCUUUUAAUACAUAAAUGCAAUGUAGUUAUUUUCGUCACACGACCCAAGUUCAAGUCAGACAUAUUAAACUUUUGGUGAGUAGAAAGGAAAAACGAGAUAAUUCAAACAACAAAUGUCAACCAAAUCGAAAUAAGAGGCUUUCUCCUUUCGCUAGGAUGGGAGAGAAAAGAUAUAAAAGAUGAAGUCGGUUAUAGAGGAUCAGUUAAUGAAGCAUUCCUUUAUUCAUCGAGGACUCUUCCCAAGGUAAGGUUAAGACCUCUAUUAGAAGACGUUAACCGAAAAGGGUCCAUGGAAAAGAGAAAUUUCAUGUUGCAAAGGAUGGACGAACUAGCAGGUUCAAGACCCGCAAAAGUAAUGGAUUAUGUUAAGAAGCAAUAUCCUAGUUCGGACGACAGUUCAGGAAAUACAUUCUUUCUUCUCGGAGAUGUGCAUAGGUGUAUCAAAGAAUAUCUUGUAGCAAAUGGUUGGAUAGAAAAAUUUUGCGGGCAAGAAGAGAGGUCCCAGAUGAUCCGCUGCCUCCAGGGGCUUCCUACCAGCGACAACAAAACUCUGGGCAGGCUGCUAGCCACGGAUCCGAUCAAGUUCAUCUGGGUCAACGGCUUCAUCAACUGGUCACUCAUCAACAACAAUGUCAUCGUCAGCAGGAUUCCAUCGUCCAGUUACUAUUUUUCAAAGACAGCCUUGGCUUCUUCAAUCAGAGACCUCUUCCCGUUCCUUUAUCACAAAGGAUUCGUUGAUGUAAAGACACCAAGGACAUACGAAGUUAGAUGUCUGGAUGAUAUGAAAAAUUUUACAAAACAGUACCGAAUAAAUGCUUGCGUAUCCCUAAUGCGAAAAUUCGUAGCAUCCAUGGAACCUUCUUCCAAGAUUCAAAUGUUUAGUGAGGAUGGAACGGUACCGCUGGAUUGCUUAGACUUCGCAAUUCAAAGAGUAGUUGAAAUGAUCCGUUAUUACCAACACGCCGAUAUAGAUGAGUGGCACUUUAGUGUUGUUAGUGAAGAGGAUUGGAAUGUAUUUAUUUACAGAUUCUACGAUAUCGUCCACCAAGACGCUAAGUUCCAAUCAAAUCAUCAUAAUAUAAAUGUUCCGAAGUUGAUAUAUGCUUGCGAAAAAUUAAAUAUAAUCUUUGAGAAGUACUUCCCAGACACGAAACAUGAUGGUCACAGGAACCUCUGGAUAGUAAAACCAUCCAAUGGUAGCUGUGGGCGAGGAGUAAAGGUUUUUAAAAGACUGAAUGAGAUACAACAAUAUUGCAAACCGGCGAAUUCCUACGUUAUCCAGAAAUAUAUUGAGAACCCGCUGCUGAUUUACCAGACCAAAUUUGACGUAAGACAAUGGUUUCUGAUUACCAGCGUCUACCCUUUGGUUAUUUGGAUGUAUAAUGAGUGCUACCUUCGGUUUUGCUCUCAGCAGUUCAGCCUAACUAACGUCCACGAGUCCGUACACUUGUGCAACAACUCCAUUCAGUACAAAUACAAAAAUGGUGUUCGGAAUCCUCAGCUGCCCGAAGACAACAUGUGGGCUGAUUCAACAUUUCAAUCAUACUUGAGUGACAGGGACGGUUCUUUGGCCUGGCCUGGUAUAAAGAACAAAAUGCAGCAAGCUAUCAUCGCAGCUUGCCUAGUAAGCCAGGACAAGAUGUACCACAGAGCCAAUUCGUUCCACCUGUACGGUGCGGAUUUCAUGAUCACUCCAGAUUACGACGUGUGGUUGAUCGAGAUCAAUACUCAUCCAAGUAUGAAGUAUUCCACAAGUGUAACUAGUCGGAUGUGUAAAGAGGUUUUGCAAGAUACGCUGAAAGUUGGGUUGGAUAGGAGAUCUAAUCCUCAUGCCGAUACGGGAAAAUUUACAGAAAUUUACAGACAGCAAUCUCAUAUGCCUACUGUAGGCGUGCCGGCAUCAGCAGCUGGCGUUCAUGCAAGAAAAAUUAGACUUCUGAAUACCACAAAUCCAAGAGAACCACCUACCAAAGCAUUUCUCGAGACGUCCAAUACUCCAUCAAAGUUCGGAAAAUGGUUGUCAUAUACAAGCGUGGCCAGUUAUAAAAAGCAUAACAAAAUUAAUUUUAAAUAUGUUGUUUUAAGACAUACAGAUAUGCCUUUGGAUCCUGGCGACAGUAUUACUCAAAGAGAUAUUGGGUAUGCAGGUGUACUUGAUAAAGUUAAUUUAACUGAAAACACAGAAGAAGGAAACGAAGAACCUGUCAUCGUACCAGAUGAAACAGCCGAUAAAGAAAAAAUAAAGAUACCCACCGUAUCUUCAAAACCUCCGAAUCAGAUCACAUUACAUAGAAAAGUAGUUUCUAAGCUAAAAUCCAAAGAAAAAACUUCCACAGAAAAAGAAAAUGUCGAGAAUGAUGUUGAAAACAGUGCUACCAAGAACCCUGCUAAUGCUAAACUUCAGAAUACAAAUGAGAUACCCAGCGUUGUCACACAAAUGAGUGUUGAUGCGAAACAAAACGAAGUGCAAAAAUCAAAUGUUGAUUUAGAAGUUCAGCGGAAUAAAAAUCUUCAGGGUGAAGUUGUUGAAGUACGAAGUGUUCUUGAAAUUAUUAAGGCUAAACCUGGAAAUAUAACCAAAGAAGUAGCCCCUAAAAAUCAAGAGAAGGUAUCGAUUUCAAAAAAAGCUACGGCCUUAGAAGAUCCUAAAAAUGUUCCCAUCGUGAGAAAUUCUCAGUCCGAAGACAAACCAGCGAAUUCAGCGAAACAAUCCAAUCCAGAGACCACGGGCAAAAAAAAUAGCACAAAAAUGCUGGAGAAAAAAGUGAAGCCUAAAAAACAGAUCCCAGACAAGGCCAAGAAUGCGAAAAGGUCACUGAACAAAGCUAAGAAUACUAGCGCUUUAAAACCGUCAUCAGAAGAGAAAACGAAAGACGAAAAUUUAUCUAAAGUAAUUAAAGACUCCAUGAUAUUUGUACUAGCCGAUACUAUGAAAAAAAAAACAGCGCCUGGGAGGAGCAGUAAAACAUAUUUCGGCUCAGAAUGUGUUAAAGGAAGUAAUAACAGUAUGAAAAAUAAAAAUGGCACGAAAAUAAAUAAUAUUAAACGCCGCUUAGGUUCCGCAAAACGAAAUAAUAAAUCUACCAAAUCAGUCGAGAAAGUUAUAUUUGAUAGAUCACGAACAGACUCUAUAAAUGUUCUAAGGAUUAGUAAAAUAGAAAGGGAGAAGAAUUUAAAAAGAAAAUUUGGUAGUAAAGAUGCUGAUGAGAAAAAAAAAAUUGCUAACCAUUCACGAGCAAUCAAUGGAAGAGAUACAACAUCAAAAUCUCAAAAUAAUUCUGUAAGGCGUGUAAAAAUAGAAUUACCUGUAAAAAAAGAAUCUAAAGCCAAAAAGAAUAUUAAACGACAGUCUGAUGGUAAAGAAUUGAGAACCAGUCCACCGAAAGACAGUACUGAAUUAAACAGCUCCAUGUUACGUCCGAAAACUGAAAAAAAAGAAACGGACAAUGGCAGAAAAGGGAGCAAAAGUGAUGUGAAAAACAAUGACUCGGAUGACGUAUUACAUAAAUCCUUAAAUCCACAGGAAUUGAUAUUCAUGAUGUCGGAUAGUGACAGUUCGUUCAAAACAGCUUUAAGUCUGUCAGACGAUGAAACAAUGUCAUAUGAAGAAAGCGACAUUGCUGAGGACGAAAAUGACCUUAUGUUUCAAUGUUCAUCCUUCAAACACCUCAUCGAAGAAGAAAGAAUAAACACCAACUCAAUAAAACGGUACACAAAAAGAAAUAAAUAUUGUGAAUAAUUUAUAAUAUUUCUCUCACAGGGAAAUCCCAUAUUACCGUUAAAGACUAAUUCCAGUUUCAACAAUGAUAUAAACUUAAAUUUUAUGUUUUUAACUCAUUUAGGGAGCUGAAUACGGCAUACAAAAUACUGCACUUCAACAAAACAUUUUCUUCUUAUUCCGAAAUAAGAACCAUAAUGUAAUAAUUCCACAUUGCCCUGAGAAUGUUUAGAUCUUGAGUAUCCGCAACACCAAGCGUGCUUAGAAGGGGGUUUCAUGGCGCAAAUUGCGCCAUCAAAAUUUUUGAGGGGUGCAUAUUUUGACGGGUUUUGAAUUUUCGAGGGGGACAAAUUUCGACAGGGAUUAUGAAUUUUCAGACUAAGGAACAAGGGGGGAAACAUAGAACAAACCGCAGCCAAUGUAAUUGUAUAUGCUUUUUCUAAUUCUACCUUCGCUGGCUUUGUUUUCAGAAAAUUUCAGCAAUAAAAUAUCUUGGGAGGAGGGGGGGUGUACGUUCUUGCGCCAUCGACCUUGGAGGGGGGGAUGAGCACCUCUGUGCAACACCGCCAUAAAAUUCACCAUCUUCAGACUGUUAGCUGUCGAUAAUCCAUUUGUCACAACCUAAUUCCACACCUGAUACAUAAUAUGUUUGGAAUGAUUUUAUCUUGAAUACUCGCAUUGUGAUCCAGAUGACAGAGCGCCGUCCCGUUUAGCCGCUCCUAUCUAAAAAAAAAAACAACCAACCAUUGCUUUAAAACCAGUAGAGAUAGUUUUUAUAUUUAUAUAUGCUUGAUUGAGCUGCGUUUUAUAAUUAUGAUUUUUUUUAAUCUAAAAAUAUAAUUCAAAUUUUCCUACUCCUCAAAUAUUUCCAUGCCAGGCACGUUGUCUGACCUACCUGUGCGUGAAUCUAUCAUUUUAUUGGCCGCCGAUAAUGACCUGUUUAGGCAUCUAAUCCGCCGAGACAGUUUUUAUUCAGUUAUUCAGGCGCACUUGGUCAUGUAAUCGUAAUGUAUAUCUAAUUUAUUGAGGGUGAAACCGUUGAAUUAUACUUAUACGUUCCUCAGUAAUAAAUAAAGGAAAUAAAAAGUAUAUAUAUUGGAUUAAAUUAUUAUACUAAUACUAGGAAUGGACGCAGACUUAAUAGGAGCCUGUGAAUGAUUGCCCUUUUAAUAAUAAAAGAGAGGGAGCGAAAAUAUCGUUUCGCCCUCUCCUCCUCAAUAAUUCAAUGUACGGUCAUUAAAAUAAAAAUCAAUAAUAAACAAUCUAAAUGAAUGAAUAAAGUGAGUAGACUAAAAUCAAUCAGGAUAACAAUAAGAGUCAAUAAGUUGACUAAGGUCUAGUUGCGAUAUAUUGUAGUUAAUUUUUUAUUAAUAUUGUUUUUAUUUUUAAAAACAACCAAUAUCCUUAUCCGAUAGGUAAUAAAUACAUAACCUCAAGGGAAUAUUUCAACUCCCUCUUAAUCAUACACAAUUAAAAGAAAAUAAUCGUUUUUGAAAUAUAUUGAUAUGAUAAUAUUUGUUUUGUUAAUAUAUUUUGAAAUAUAUCUAUUCGAGGUAAAAAAAAUGUUACAAAUAAAUUAAAU